AACCGCAGUAGCAGCGGGGGGAGCCAAGAACCGAUGUUUACUGCUCUGCUAGUACUACUGUGGGUGGAACAGUGUCUGACACAUUCUCCAACAUCUUGCAUCUCAGGCUUCAGUUCCAAGGGUUACGUUGAGAGGAUCUCCUUUGAUCGUCAGCUUUUGCAAAACUUCUCUGCUUCCGUAUCUUCAUAUUCUGCUUUAACAAUUUACAAUAUUAACGAACAUGAGUAUGUAUACAGACCAUCCACUUGCGCACUAGGAGUUGGCCUUAUACCAGGUCAAAAAUAACCAACCUUGGGGACUGCCUUACCCUGUUGACUUAUUGUGCCUACCUCGCAAACAUGGCCACCAGUAUUCAUUCACAACAUGCCUGCUGUGAAUCCAAACAACCCUAACCAGGGAGCAGCGCAGAGGACCACGUUCCGUCCCCCGUGGGUCAAGGAAGGGCCCUCCCCACUGCCCAUGCCCUCUGCACCCUGGACUGCGCGAGGUAGAGAGCAAGUAGCACCUGCACCAGCUGAGCCUAAUAAGGUAGAAAAUAAAGGACCCAGAAAACUGAGUAAAGUGACAAUAAUACCGUCUCAACCUGCACCAGACAACAAUGCUCAAGAAAUAAUCAGCCAGACAAAUUUAAAAUGGAAUCCAAAAGUUCCAAAACAGGAAACAUCAGUUCCAGUUUAUAAAGCAGUGCCCAGUGUAUUACCAGAAAAGAAGCAAGACACGCUUAUUCCUGUUACUAAAACCCAGUCUCCUGUUGAUGCUGAAAAGAAGCAAGACUCAAACACUCCAGUUUCUAAAAAGGAAUCUCCAUAUAUUAUUGAUAAGAAAAACGAAACUCCAGUUCAAAGUACAAAGCUCCAGGUAGCAAAUCCCAGUAAAAAGGGGAAGUCUUUAAACAUUUCCAACCCGGAGCAACCACCAUUCAAGGAACUAUUCAGUCAGGCUAACUUAAAGAGAACUCCAAAGAAAGAAAAGAAGGCUGAGCCCCCGUCUUUACUGACGCCUAAUCAAGCUCUUCUGGCACUGAAUUUAAAGAAGGAGCAGCUAGAAAAGGCUAAUGUCACAACAAAGAAGAAAUCUCCAAGUACAAAUGAUCAGGAUAAUGCUUCCUCAAUGCAGUUUACUGCCAAGAGACCAUCAGCAUUCAUCAAACCUAAGGAGGGGCCCAGUGGGAGACGCAGAGAGUCAACUGACAAGGUUGUUCCUGUUGUCAUUGAAUCAUCCACCCCAAAGGAGCCCAGGAGAGAAUCUGUUGUUAGAAUUCAAAGAGAGCCAGAGAAAGAACCGCCUAAAGCUGCCAGAGAGUUUGCAAAACCAGUGCCAAAACCUGUGGAAAGGGAACCACCUAAGUCCAUCCUCAAGGAUCCCUCUAAAACUUCUAUUCCAAAACCACCACCUCCUCCUAUGGCACCUCCACCCCCUCCUCCGCCGCCAGGCCAAACCCCCAUUAUCAAAAGUGAGUUGACCCCACAGAAGGCAGCCAAGCUGGAUGCCCUACGCAGCCGUCCCCGGCGCCGUCCGGACUGGACUGAUAUGAUGAAGGAGGUGGAAGAAGGUAUCAAGUUGAAACACAUUGUGUGUAAUGACCGGAGUGCUCCCAUUCUGCCCAAGGAAAAAGCUAAAGGACAGUUUAUCUACCAAUCUGAAAAGGAAGGAAAGGCUGAUCCACACAAACAGCUUCUGCAUCAAAUUGAGAACGGAGUUAGGCUCAAGAAGGUCAAGUGUAAUGAUCGUAGUAAACCAGUUUUGGACGGGCUACGAAAGUUCAGGCGACAAAUGACCAUUGAAGAACAGAUCCAAAAGUCUAAAUCGAUGGCGGAUGUGAUCGCGGAAGCAGCUGAACCUGAUGAACUCGACGAUAUUGACAAAGUUCGUGAUGAUCUGCAAUCCAGUAAACAGAUGUUGGCAAUAGAACUGCGUAACAAAGAAGCUUUGGAACGAGAAAACAAACGUCUGAUGGCUCGUCUUCUCAACCUGGAGGUGGAACUUGAGAAAGAAAAGGGAUCCCGAAGAUUGGACGCAGAGAAAGGGAAUGUUUCUCAUGUCAGAUCAGAGGCUGAUGAAAAGUUGGUGAAACAGUUAAAAGAAGAGGCUUCGGAGGCAAAUAAAGUAGCAAAAGAAAUGGAAGAAAAGUACAAAUACACAGCAGAAGAACUGGAUGCAACCAGGGCUAAAUUAGAGAGUGCUUGGCUUAAAAACCAACAGCUGGAAAUGGAGCUGAAGUCUGGCGCUCGUAACAGCGCACCCAUUACCAAGCAGCCUUCAUCUAAAAAACUUGCAGCCUCCAUGGCGUCCAUGCCGAAUGGGAAAACUGUGCAAGCAUCUGAUGACGAAUCUGAGUACACCGAGGAAACUGAAACAGAAACAGAAUCUGAGGAAGAAGGUAAUGAAGAAGAUGCAGCUGCUCUUCAAGAAAGACGAACUCAGCGUGAGUUGAAACUUCUAGCUACAAAAUUAAGAUCAUACAAGGAGAAGCAAGGAAUUGCCUUGAAGGAGCGCCAUAUCCUUCGGGAGCAGCUUAGAAAACAACAGAAGAUACUUAGAGAGGAGAAAAAGAAGUAUAAGGCUUUGCAGAAAGAAGUGGACAAAAUGGUUAAACUGAUGAAAGAUGAUGAGGAAGGAGAAGAGGAAAAGCCAGAAGAGGAGGAAGAAGAAGAGGAAACAGAGACAGAGAGUGAAAGUGAGAGUGAGGAGAGUGAAGAGGAUGAUCCAACAGAUGGAGAUUUACCAGAAGAUGCAACUGUGGAUGAGAAGAGGAAGAAUCUCCAGGACAGGUCCAAGCACCAUGAGAAUCGACUUGGAACACUAAAGAAAGGAAACUAUCUUCUAAAAGCAAACAUUGACAGACUUCAAGACGACAUUAACCGGCAAAAGGAAAUGUCCCUUAGCCUUCAAGAAGACCUCAAUUCAGUUUUGGCUGAGUUAGGAUAAGUUGAAAAUUGAACUUUCACUAAUUAAUUUUUUAAAUUAUUUACCUGUAUAUGAUUGUGAUGUCUAGUUAGUGGUUAGUUACAGAAUGUGAUUAACCUGAAGAUUUGUAUACUCCUAUGCAAUUGGACUUUGAACACCUCCAUAAUCAAUUAUGAUAUUCAUAGUUUUUACAAUUUUUAUUUUAAAAUUAAAUUUUCCCAAUUUUUAAUUUGCUUGGCUUUUGUGAGCCCAUUUCAGAAUACCAUGUUGAGUCCUUUGGACUAAAAGGUUCUUCUGCGAUCAUGUCAUCUUCAACCUCUUUGAUAAUUUAAAAGUUAAGAACAAAAUCUUACAGUACUAGAAAAUCUUCAGGCAUCAGAAAAAUGUGGCAUUUCUAUGUUUGCAGUGAUCAUUGCCAUUGUGUUAAUUUUGAAUUGACUAUCAAAACAACUUUUCUGUGAAAACACCAACUACUUUGAAUGUACAAAUCAUUAGAUUACAAGAUUUUAUAUAUUUUUCUAAGAAUGUAAUAUACUGUAUUUUGAAGCCUUUAUUUAUUGAUUAGUGUUUAUACAUCCAUAUUUUGUUGUGUUUGAAUAAAUUAUUUUAAAGAUUA